GAGAGAGUGAGAGAGAUGGGCGCGGUUUCGACGCUUUCUUCUGUCCUGUUAUUUUCUCAAGCAUCCGGGGAUCAUUGCAGAGCGUUGUCUUCCUCCUCAAUCUACUUCUUCACUAAUAACAGAGAGAGCAAGAGAAGAUGGGCGACAUUCGGCACCCUCCGCCUUUCUUAUUCUUCUAGGGUGGGCGGUCUUGGCGGGAGAAGGGCUGUCGUCAGCAACUUGAGAUCAGAGGGCUCUGGCGUUGACAGCAUCGAAGGUGGUGAUGGGGGUUUUGGCGGAGACGACGGCAGCAGCAACAACAACAACAACGAUAAUGAUAGCGGAGAUGGAGACGGGGAAUCAUCUAAGUCCGGGGGUAUGUCAAUGUCCCAGAAGCUGACCUUGGCUUAUGCUGCCUUGGUUGGAGUUGGAGGAGUAAUGGGCUAUGCAAAAAGUGGUAGCCAGAAGUCAUUAGCUUCUGGGGGGUUAUCAGCCUUGCUUCUGUUCUAUGUGUUUAGUGAACUUCCCUCAAGACCAGCGUUUGCUUCAUCACUGGGGCUUGGCCUAUCUGCUGCACUUCUUGCUGUCAUGGGUUCUCGCUUCAUGAAGUCGAGGAAACUAUUUCCAGCAGGCCUCGUAUCUUUUACGUCUUUGAUCAUGGCUGCUGGCUACCUCCAUGGAAUUUUGCGCAGUCUGGGAGCAUGAUUUUGAGAUUCAAGAGAUAAUGUGUUAAGUUCUGAAAACUUGUGCUUGCUGAAUCUUUGAAGAUGGAAAUAUCCAGUAUUAAUUGUCCUUUGCUUGACC